AUGUUUAUAAAUUUUUAUACGCCAUUUACGUCUUCCACGCUUCUUACGUUGAAAUCAUCGCGAAUCGGAAUCACUGAUUCAGUACUGAGCAAUAGCAAGCUAGGGGGUCGACCUCCUAGGUAUAUCAUUUUUUAUUCUUAUAAGGCAAGCAGAAUAUAUAAGCAGAAUAUCAGCUCAAGUGGUGGUGGUGGCACUGUGUUUUUCUUGCACAACGAUCUCCAUUCUGGUAAAACGAUGACACUUCUCUUCUCCGAUACUCGCACCAAUGCUCGUUUCUUGCCCCGUCAAGUUUCCGAUUCUGUACCAUUUUCGAGCGACAAAUUACCGGAAAUUCUGAACAGGUUUUCGGUAAAACCUAAAACAACAGAAGCCGGGACGAUCAGGAAUGUACUCGAAGACUGCGAAAUACCCAAGAUUAAAGGAGAAGACAAGUAUUGCGCUGUUUCAUUAGAAUCUUUAGUUGAUUUCGUUACAUCAAAGCUAGGGCACAGAGUUAAAGUUAUUUCCACUGAGAUAAAAACGAAGACAAAGCUACAGAAAUACGAGAUCUUGGAGGGAAUAAAAAUGAUCGGAGAGAAGCAAGUAGUAUGCCAUAAGUUAGGGUAUGCAUAUGCUGUGUUUAUGUGCCAUACCAUUGAUCCUACACAAGCUUAUAUGGUUCCUUUAAUGGGUUCUGAUGGCAGUAAAGUUGAAGGUGUGGCGGUUUGUCAUAUGGAUUCAUCAGAUUGGAGCCCUGAACACUAUGCAUUUCAACAGCUUAGGGUUAAGCCUGGAGCUUCUAUUUGUCACUUUCUUAAUAUUGCUGUCCUUGUGUGGCUUCAAAACUAG